UUUUAGAAGAGUCUUUUCUUUGUUUUGUAGUUCUCAAAAACCCCUAAACCCUCACCAGCCAGCUUCGUCUGCCGGCGUAGCAGCAGAGCCUCUCACUUACCCUUCUCUGCUCCCCCCCAAUUUCCCGGCUGUUCGCCCACCGCCGGACGAGCACCUCGCAGCGGUCACCAUCAGGGCUCCGUGUGCCUGGCCGUCCGCCACCCGACCAGAAAUUUGUUGUUUUCAAAAUCUCAAACUUGAAAACCCAGUCGCUGAUUACUGGUGUGCUUUCUUGUUCUUUUACAUAAGGUGUCUCUGGGGGAAAUAUUUUCAUCUAGAACAGGAAUAAACUAGUGAAGCCAAUAAUCAUGGGGAGAAAAGCAGGGAAGUACAAGAGGAAGGAAAAUAAUGGUCCUGUCAAGAAGAGUUCAGUUCGAUUGGAUUCUGAUGAUGAAGAUAUGAUGCACGAUGAAAUUGAUGUUUUUCACAAGAAUAGAGAUGUUGUACCACUGGACAUGAAUGAGGAUAUGGAAGAGUCUGAUGAAGAUGCUGAGCAGCCUGUGUUUGAUUUUGAGGAUGGUAAGGAUGAAGAUGAGGAUGAUGAAGAGGAGGACAUUGAUGAUGAUGAUGAUAAGCCACCUAAGGGUCUAGCUGCCAAAAUUGUAAGGACACAAAAGUAUUUACGGGCUAAGUUUGGUGGAGUUGAUGAUGAAAUGCUGGAUGAUGCUGAUGAAGAAGAACAAGAAAGGGUUGUUUGGGGCAAAAAAAAAGAUAUGUAUGGUGCUGAUGUUGACUAUGAGCCACAAUCAAGUGAUGAUGAGGAUGCUGCUGAGGAGGAGGCUGAGGUGUUGAAAUUGCAAAGUGAAAAAGCAAAAGUUCUAUCAAUGGAGGAUUUUGGUCUUGAAGAUGCUAGUCAAGAUGAGACUGACAGGGAGCCCACAUUUGAGGAAAUUUUGGGCCAUGGAAAAGCCACAUCAAAAUCUUCUCUGGACAAAGGAAUCAAAUAUGAAGAUGGAUUGGCAUAUGAGGUUGUAGAGAAAGAUUUAAAUUCCUUAACAAAGGAAGAGCAGAUGGAUAUUGUGUACAGCUCUGCUCCAGAACUAAUUGGCCUUUUGUCAGAACUGAAUGAUGCCCUCGAGCAACUCGAGAACAAAGUUAACCCACUCGUAGAAAAGAUUAGAGAGCGAGAGAGUACGAAGAAGGGUGGGAUGCACUAUUUGGAGGUUAAGCAGCUUCUAUUGCAAACCUUUUGCCAGGCUAUAACCUUCUACCUUCUUCUCAAGUCCGAAGGGCAGCCAGUUCGUGAUCAUCCAGUUGUUUCUCGUCUGGUGGAGAUAAAGAGUUUAUUAGAUAAGAUAAAAGAAAUGGAUGAGAACCUUCCGUUUGGCAUGGAGGACAUUGUGAACAAGGAUGUGAAUAAUGCAACUGCUGCAAAGCUGGUUGAAGAGACUGCUGCUUUAAAAUCAGAUUCUUUCAUAGAUACUCAGAUGAACUCCACGGUGUCAUCUGACAAACUAGCAAUAGCUGAGCCUGACAAAGCAGCUGACUGGAAUACCUUGACAAAUUCAAAGAAUAAUGUAUCACGGCUCAAACAUCAAGAUAAACAAGUCGGAUUGCAGAGUAUGGAAAUGUUGAAAGUAAGGGCUUCACUUGAGGAGAAAUUGAGGCAGAAAGGUGUUUUAAGCAAAAUUGCUCCAAAGAGUGUUGGGGUUAGAGAACACCUGCGACCAGUGAAUGGACAACUUGAGACAUUAGAUGAUUUUGUUGAUGAGGCCAUGGAUAUAGAUCUGGUGGCAAAUAGCCGGAGUAAUGAUGAUGCAAAUCUAUCACAUUCAAGUAAAAUUUCCCAGCAACUGACUCUUCAUUCCAAUAAACGUAAGGUUAUAUCUGGUGAUGAUGAUUUACCAAAACGAGAUGAUAUUGGAGAAAGGCGAAGAAAGCAUGAGCUAAGAGUUCUAGCAGGAGCUGGAAUUACAUCUGUGGAUGAUGUUGAAGGCGAGACUGGUAAUCUUUCCAGCGAUGGUGUUGCCGAUGUUAAUGGAGAAAGCGAUUCUGAUUCUGAUUCUGAUUCUGAUUUGGAAUACUAUAAACAAGUGGAACGACAACAUGCUGCAAAGCUCGCUAUAAAAUCUGAAAAAUAUUCCAGAAAACAAGAAGUGCCAUCUUUGCCAGAUACUGUUGUUGAUGGGAAGCGCCAUAUCACACAUCAGAUUGAGAAGAAUAGAGGAUUAACUCGUGCUCGCAAGAAGCUGACCAAGAAUCCUAGGAAGAAGUACAAGUUGAAGCACAAGAAAGCAGAAGUGCGCAGAAAGGGGCAGGUUCGUGAGAUCAGAAAGCCCGCAGGUCCCUACGGAGGGGAAGCAUCUGGUAUCAAUGCAGGGAUCAGCCGCAGUGUUAGAUUCAAGGGCUAAUUCUGUUGGUUUCCAUAAUAUUAUCCAGUUGGUCGAAAGUAGCUGGCUGGUUCAUGUGAUGCACUUGCGUGUUCAAAUUAAGUUUUCCCAAGUUUCUGCUCUUUGUAGUCUACAGACGAGAAACAUGUUCAAACAUUUCUCCCAAUUACUGCUUAAUUUGCCCAAACAAGGAUAAUUUCUUACUCCAUUUAUACCACAUUGUUACAUUCUCCAAAAUCAGAAAUAUGGAUGAGUUUCACUUCUUGAAAAA